AAAUGAAGAUGGAACACAUUUCUUCCACUCACCCACAGUGCUGUAGUCCAAGUAAGACAUCCAUUAAUGACAGUAUGAUGAACUGGGGCCCUUACUGGUAUAAAUGAGAAUUGGACCUUAACUUCUUAGUUAAAGUGAGAUUCCCCAGCCUUGUCAAUUACAGUUGCAGCAAAGAUCUUCAGCAAUUGACAGCAGUGGAGAAUUUUGUUCAGAGACACGAGUUUGUGAGAGAAUCUCCAUCAUGUCAUUCUGGAAAUGCAAAGGAAAUCACUUCCACAGGAAACCCGUCAUAAUUCUAUGAACAAAGGGCACUUGCCAAGAAGGUAAACCCAUUUUACUUUGGGAUAUUACUGUAUAAGAAGUAAGAGUACACAUCAAUUACCAGCAGAAACUGCCUUGCCUACCGUCAAAAUGAAGUUCACUAUCAUGAUUGCUUUUCUUGGAGUUCUCCUGGCUCCAGUUCCUGCCGAUAAGAACAGCAAGAAAAACAUUAAGAGGUACCAUGGUGAACAUUCAUACUAUCCUUUGGAUGACACUGUAGUCGACACUGGCUCAAAUAAGCACUCUGAGAUCUGGAAAACUGUCUGGGACGCCAAGACUGGCUACAUGGCAACCAAGGUACUUACAAAAAAGACCUGCAUCAUUAGUAAAGCUGCCACAAGAUUCUUCCCUGCUGAUAAACGAUUUUCUGCAUCACCUCAGGGAGACAAGGAGUCUAGACCUCAGCACCUUCCACCUAGAGAGAAUCGUUACAUUAUCUCAAAAAACCAACUCCAUAACUUGCGCCCAUAUGGAGAACGCAUUCAAAAUCUGUGCCAAGGAACUCCCUCUUACUUUGCUUACCCAACCCCUGGCUCAAACUUUUUAAGGCAAGAUGUCCCAUGUUUGAAAACUCGCAUGAAAAAACUGAUAUUUGUUUACUGUGGUUUAUAGAUUUUUUCCUCGUUAAAUUUGGAAGAAGAAAUUAGAACUGUGUAUCCAUGAAGAUGCUUUUUUUUUUUUUUUUUUUUUUUUUUCCUUCUUUCCUUGGUAAUCUUGUCUUGAUCAUAUUUUCAAUCAUUUAUCUGCCUUCUUUUCUGCUCUCUGUGAAGCGUAGUGUCUCUCAGUAAAAUUAAUCAUUAACUUACACUGGUCUGCGCUGUGUUUUUACUGAUCCUUUUAAAAAGUAGAAGUAACCCCAAAUAAAAGUUUUCUAGCAUUCCUGCA